GCGAAUCACCAGAAGAAUUAUACGAAAAAAAGCACAAAAUGGCAUACAAACCAUCACCAUCAUUUCAGCUUGGAGUUAGAUUAUUUGAAUUUAUUUGUAACUUGUUGGCAGUAUGUCUGAUGGCAGCGACAGCAUCGGGUGAGCAACAAUUAAGAAAUGAAAUACCAUACUGGGUUAUUAUCGGGUUAGUUGUUUCAGCAGUGGGAACAGUUGUGUCAGGAAUAUUUUUAUACGAACGUCAGUUAAGAUUUCCGUUAGUGGAAGCAAUAACUUCAUCAUUGCUUGCCGUUGGUAAUACAACGUUUGUAACUGUUGGGGCUUUAAAUACUCCUCACGAAAUUAAAUGUGCAGAAUACCCUAGUGAUUUAGAGAAAGUAACUUGUGACUCACCAAAAGCUGCUGUAUUUUUCUCUUUUGUGGCCAUAAUGUGUUAUGGAUUUUCAGCCUUUUCGGCAUUUAGAUAUUGGAAUGAUAGAAGAAAAAAUUUACCAACAACCACAGCCGUUACUCAAAAUGAUGAAAAAUUAUAG